UACAAAAUUGUUUGGUGAGUGGUAGAAUGGAUGAGAGAGAUAGAAAGAAGAUGAAAAUGGAGAAGCAAGAAGAGGAGAAGAUGGAGAAGUUGUACACAUUGCUUAAAAAUGCGAGGGAGAUGCGGAAGCACGUCAUCAGCUCCAUGGAGAAGAAGAGGCAAGAAGAAGAAAGAGCGAGGGUUCACAGAUUCCCUUCGUUUCAGCCAGAGGAUUUCAUUUUCAAUAAUGAAGCAGAGGCCAACAACAAUGAGAACGCAGCAGGUAAUGCAAGCUCUUCAACUUCCAACAAGUACGGCUCUAAGGAAGAGAAAGAGGAAGCUGAGACUAACGUUUGUUUAGACUUGAAUCUUUCUCUGUAGUAGACGAGACACUAAAUUGCUAGUAACAAUAAGAAAUGUGCCUUUGGA